AUGGGGAAUGAAUUUAGGAUAGAAGGUGGUGAUACCUUAGGGAAUUAUGGGGUUAAGAGUACUUCUGAGGCAGCAGGUAAUUCUAAACAGGGGGUUAAGCCGACUGGUUUAAUUGCUACAACCAGGGCGGACGAUUUAGUAAGGAAUUGGGAAACCCCUAAGAGAGCUCAUUUGCUUAAGUGUAAGUGGACAAUUGGAGUUGGAGCUUUGGUGGAAACUAAAUUGAAAGGAAAGAAGGUGAAGGAUUUGAUGUCAAAAAAUUUUAUUGGUUGGGAUAGCUAUACUAGCCCAAAUAUUGAGGGUAGAUUAUUGUUAAUUUGGAAGCAAACUUUUUCUAGGGUGAUUGUUAUAGAAGAGAAUAUCCAAUAUGUCCAUUGCUAUGUGAAACUUGCUAGUCAUAUUGAGGCUUUUUGUGUGACUUUUGUAUAUGGGAUGAAUGGCAUUGAAGACCGGAAGAUGUUAUGGAAGGGCCUAGCUAAUCUUAGGUUCCCAGUUAAGCCUUGGAUUCUCCUAGGUGACUUUAACUCCCUAAUUAAUUAUGGAGACAGAGGAGGGGGUACACCGGUCUCAAGGGCUGAGGUUGAGGAUUUUAACAAUUGGCUAAGUUUGGGUUUGGUGGACUCUUUGAAGAGGCAGGGAUCCUAUUUCACUUGGUCUAACAAUCAAGGAAGUCAGGACAGAAUCUAUUCUAAAAUAGACCAUGCUUUUAAAAACGAGGAUUGGUUGGACUUAUUUCCGAAUUCGACUGCUUCCUUUAGCUGGGAAGAGGUUUCAAAACAUUGUGCAAUAGUCAUAUCGUCAGCUGUUAUGGUGGCGAUAGGGGUGAAGUCGUUCAAAUUUUUUAAUUACUGGUCUGAGCAUAGAGACUUUAAAAACCUGGUUUUGGAAAGUUGGCAUAAACCGGUUUGUUCUACUGGUUUAUUGGGGAUCUGGUUCAAAUUGUCUUGGCUGAAGCAUGUAUUGAAGGCUUUUAAUCAUACAAGGAUGGGCAAUGUGGAGAUGGGCUAUCAGAGAGCUAAAGAAAGGUUCCUUGAAGCUAGAUUGCAAGCUCAAAAUAACCCUAGAGUUGAGAUGUUUCUUCUUGAAGAAAAAACAGCUGCAGAGAGUUAUCUUCACCAUGAAAGAAUGCUGAAAAGUUUCCUUGUCCAAAGAAGUAAGCAACUGAGGCUAAUUCACCCUUUCACUAAUAAGGAGAUUAAUGAAGCUUUGUUUAGUAUCCCUAGGUCGAAGAGUCCAGGUCCUGAUGGCUAUAACUCUGAAUUCUUCAAGGUUAUGUGGACUGAUAUUGGAGCUGAAGUGUGUUGUGCGAUUAAAGAGUUUUUUAGUAUGGGUAAGAUCCUUGCCCAAUUUAAUGAAACUGUCAUUUCCCUUAUUCCUAAGGUGGAGAAUCCCAUGAGAGCAAUAGAUUAUAGACCAAUAGCUUCCUGCUCUACUUUGUACAAGUGCAUCACAAAGCUUAUGAGCAAAAGACUCUCUGAAGUUCUCCUGUGGUUGGUUCACCAAAACCAGGGGGCUUUUAUAAAGAAGAGAUCAAUUGCUCAUAAUAUUUUGAUUUUCCAAGACCUGAUAAAGAAUUAUGGAAGAAAGAUUGUCUCUCCCAGGUGUACUAUCAAAAUUGACCUUAGCAAAGCUUGCGACACUGUGGAUUGGGGCUUUGUUGAGGACUUACUUGUUAGUUUAAACUUUCCCUCCAAGUUUGUUAAUUGGAUUAUGAUGUGCUUGAGAGGUACUUCUUAUACGAUCAUGUUGAAUGGAAGGUUUCAUGGUAACUUUCAGGGGAAAAAAGGGCUUUGGCAAGGGGACCCGAUGUCUCCCCUCUUGUUUGUGCUUAUAAUGGAGUAUCUCUCAAGAAGUCUUAUGAAGGAAACAACCAAGCAUUCUUUUAGGUUUCAUCCUAUGUGCAAAAGUUUUCAAUUGGUUAGCCUUUGCUUUACAGAUGAUCUUAUCCUUUUUAGUAAAGGCUCUCCUAUGGCUGUCCAUCACCUAAAGAUUGCAUUGGAAAGCUUCUCUGAGGUAACAUGUUUAUUUUCUAACAAAGAUAAAUCUUUAGUUUACUUUGGGGGUGUUUACACAUUUGAUAAAGAGGUGAUUUUGGAAGACUUGCAAUUUGGAGAGGGUUUUUUCCCGCUCAGAUAUCUUGGAGUUCCUCUAAGACCAACAAAGUGGAGACGUGAAGACUGUGAUGCAAUCAUUAAGAAGAUAAAAAUGAGGCUGAUGAACAUUUUUAUUCUUCCUCAAAGUUUCAUUAAAGAGAUUGAGAGGCUUUGUAGAGAUUUUUAA